GCCUUACCCGACUCCAUGCGGAGGUGUGCCCAGUGUCACGCGAGUGCUGUGCCCUAUGCGGGUCACCUUACGGUUGGCUGCAGGCUGCACUGGCGGCGGUUCAGAUGGAGUAGCUUCGCUCCUCUGUAUCUUUGCUAUAGACGGGCGACGUGGGCACCACAUCAAACCCAAGACAUGAGUCGGGCACCCAGGAACUCGCAGCUCCCUGCCAGGGUAACUGAGAGCAGCAGGAUGAAUCUAAUGACACCCCAAGGAAAGGACCGCCUGACCUUUGGGAAGCUGAAUUCAGCUAAGACGAUGUCUGCAACCACCGAGAGGAAAAUCAGCUUUUUUGGGAAAAGGUCAAGUGGAGCAGGUGGGUCUCGAAGCAGCCUUUUUGGUGCAUUUAGUACAAUGGAGAAAAUCAAAGAUCCUCGGCCACUCCAUGACAAGACAUUUGUUCAGCAGUGCAUUAAAAAUCUGUGUGAGUUUCUUAACGAUAGUGGAUUCCCAGGCUCUGUCACUGUGAAGUCCCUACAGUCUCCAUCUACAAAAGAAUUUUUAAAGAUCUUCUGUUUCAUUUAUAAUCAACUGGAUCCAAAUUUCCAGGAGCCAACUUCUAAAAUCGAGGAGGAGAUUCCACGACUUCUUAAGGAACUGGGAUACCCAUUUCCUCUGUCCAAGAGCUCCAUGUACUCGGUGGGUGCGCCACACACUUGGCCCCAGGUUCUUGGAUCACUAAUAUGGAUGAUAGACAGCGUACAGGUGAUGAAGUCUGUUAAAGGGCAGGAUUUGCUGUAUCCAGACUUUUCUGAUGGUGAUUUUGAAACGGAAGAUGGAAUUCAGUUUAAUAAGUUGUUCAUGGAGUAUACCUCCCGGUGUUACGAAGAGUUUAUGCAAGGAGCCGACACGUUUGAACGCCAAGACGCCAUAUUUCUGCCUAAGCUAAAAGAAUUAUUCAAUGUGGAUGAAAACCAUUUGGCAUGUCUGGCCGAAAAGGCUCAAGUUCUUGUGCGUGAAGUGGAGAAUUUGGAGAAGACCACUCAAAUGGACCGAUUAUUGGAGGAGAGGUCCAAAAAAAACAUUCUUCAAGCAGACCUGCAGAAAUUCCAGAAUUAUCGGGCCAGUUUGGAGACCUUCAGAGCCUCCCUUGAAAGUAAAAAUAAGGCUUUGUGUGAUGAGCUUGCAGGGACAGGACUGCGUUUGGAGGCAGUGAAACAGGAAAAUGAGCGACUGCAGCACAUACUUGAAAAUCAGAAACUUUCUCCAGCUGAUAUCGAGAGGAUAAAUCAUGAAAGGCGGGAGCUGCAGCAGACGAUUUCAGACCUGACCAAAAGUUUGGAGGAAGCUGAAGGUCAAAAAUGGAAGGAGGAAAUUAACCUUGCAAAAGCUAAGGAGUCUGUGGAAAGUGUGCUGGCCGAUUACCACAGUUUGGCCAGGAAGCUUAAACUGAUCCCGUCGUCAGCUGAGAAUGCUUGUGGACAAGACUUUGAAAUUAAAUUCACCCCUGAGAGUGCAUUCUCCCAGAUGAACAACUACAAAAUUCAGAUCGAAAUUCCUCUCAAAACUAUGAUCUCUCAGAUGGAGGAGGAGACCAGCAAACAACUUCACCACAAGCUGAGCCUCGAAGAAGCCGUGGACCAGAUGAAUUCCGUCCUUUUGGAUAAGGAGGCUGAGAUUAAACAGUUGAACCAGCAGCUGCAGAAAAUGAGUGAGCAGGUAGAGCAGGACACCGAGGAAAUGAAGAGGAAGGAGGAGAGCUGGGCGCUGGAAGUGCAAUCCCUCGAGGACCGGAAAUCUGCCUUGGAGAAGAAGAUGAUGGAGGACAUGGAGAAAGUGUCUGAGGAGCUGAAGGCGGCGCAGCAACAGUAUCACUUUGUUGUUCAAGAGAAGACUGAAGAGAGACGCAGGGUGGUCUCGAAUCUGAAUGUUAUCCUAGAGAUGGUGACCAACUAUUUGUCAAAGAUGGAGCACACCCUGGCAAAGCAUAAGGAGCAAGUGGACAGAGACCACCAGGAAUGUGUGGCGGAUGAGUCUGUCCAGAAGCUCUCGGAAAUGUUCCAGAGCGCCAGAGAUCUGUUUGACUGACUGGGGUCCGUGGGUGGAGCUGGGGGCGGGUGGAUGGGUGGGG